AUGGAAGGACUGAGCAACAUCCAACAGCUCCAGUCCUUCUGAUUUGCACUAAUAAUGUAAAACAUAAUAAAUAAUCCAUUCACUUAAGAAAUAAAUUGCAUCUACAACAAAUUUUCCCAUUUUGCCCUUUUCUUUUCCCAUUAUCUCACCCAUAUAAACAAAUAAAAUCUCUCCCUUCCUUUCUCUCUCUAUCGCUUUCUCCAUCUCCAUUUCUUCAAUCUCUCUCUCUCUCUCUAUUUCUUCAAUGGAUAAUAAUAGACCUGAACCAGAAUCCCAACCCCGCUCAUCUACAUCAACAAUCACAACCCAUCACUUAACAGUUCCACCCGGUUUAACUCCCUCAGAAUUCCAACACUUAACUUCAUCCAUCACUGAGUUCCAUUCAUACCAAGUCAACUCAGGCCAAUGCUCUUCCCUACUCGCACAACGCAUCCACGCGCCUCCACACACCGUUUGGACAAUCCUACGACGUUUCGACAAACCCCAAACAUACAAACACUUCAUCAAAAGCUGUUCUGUAAGUCAAGACUUUACUAUAUCCGUAGGGUCUACACGUGACGUCAGUGUUAUAUCUGGUUUACCGGCUGCAACAAGUACUGAAAGGCUAGAUAUAUUGGAUGAUGACCGACACGUAACGGGGUUUAGUAUUAUUGGUGGGGAACAUAGGUUGAGGAAUUAUAGGUCUGUUACGACAGUGCAUGGAUUGGAAAAGGAGGAUGGAGAGAUCUGGACCGUUGUCUUGGAAUCGUACGUUGUUGAUGUACCUGAAGGGAAUACGGAAGAAGAUACAAGGCUUUUUGCUGAUACUGUUGUGAAAUUGAAUCUUCAGAAAUUGGCUAAUGUUACUGAAACUAUGGCACGUGAAGUUGUUGCUGGUGGUGGUGGUGGUGGUGCUGCAAGUCACAGGUGAAUGAUGUGAAUAAUCCUAUACCACAAAAAGAAAAAAAAAAGCUUUUUAUUUGUUUUAUUCUGGAUUUUUUUUUUUCAAUUGUUCUUUUUAUUGCCUUUUGGGUUUAUGUCUUGACAAUGGAUUAAUGGAAAGAAAGGAAUUUGGUGGAUGGUUAAAAAC